GCUUCAUUUCCCCCCUGCACCACAACAGAUCAAGUCCAGGAGUACACAAAAUCUGAACCAGAGGCCAUGGUGAAGCUCGCUUCCGCUAGGGAUUUCAGGGCGUAUGGCCCUAGGGCGGCCCGGAGCCGGGCGGAGUACAUAAACGCCGGCCUCUACUUGUUCGCUACUAUCCUUCUUCUCGGCGGAUUUGUGGCUCAGCUUUCGCGAGAGGCCAAAUCCGGUUUGGCCCUAAUUGUGCUCGCGGCUGCUCUAAUUUUGAUUGUUAAUGUGCACGAUCUCUUCGCGCAUCUCGCCGGAAUCGAUUACCGGUUGCCGCUGCUGGCCCAGUACGACGUCCAGCUUCUGUUUGUGGAAUUUUCUGUUCCAUUUCUUCAGGCGAUUGGAUCGUUGCUCUUGUCGUUGGGUACUCUGUUUCUUCUAAUUCAGGAACAAAAAGGACAUGAUUAUUACAAACUAGAAAAGCAUGUUUUGGAUAUGCUUAUUGCGGGUCCUGCCUUGUGGAUCCUUGGAUCAAUCCUCAACUCAUGCCAAAUCUACGAGAGAGCUGACGGUCAUGUUCAAAUCUUGCAACAGAGUGUCCACAUUCCGUUUUUAAUAGGAAGCUUGCUAUUCUUUGUUGCUGCAGUCCUCAAUGGCUUUGAGCAGGCCGGGUUAGCCCAUCGCGGACUCAAGCUUCUGGGCAAAAACUGGGUUUGGUUUGGCAUCUUUGGGAGCUUGUCACUCUUGUUAGGCGGAUUGGGAAACGUGCAUAAGGUGUUCAAGAUGCAGCAGUUUGAUGGAUUGCGACUUGAGAAGCUUCGAGGAGGGGCGAACGAGCGUCUUCUCGGAGAACGAGAAGGCAGGAUUCCCCUAAUCCUAGAGGAUCAGGGGCGGAGAAAACGACUCUCCGAUGAAGAAAAGGGAAGGCAAGCCUCUCCAACCCCUUAUAAAGAUGUCCUUGUAGGCCAAACUUCCUGAACUUAUGAUCUUAUUCUCUUUCCACUUCCAUAGCUGAUCCCUGCAACUGUACUUCAGGCCUGCAAAGUAACCUUUUGUUACAGAAUCCUGUGCAUGUUUAUUGUAGUCCACGGAGUGAAAACAUUGUUGAUACAUCUGAUUUCUGAUUUAGUAUAGUUGUUUCCAUUUGG